AGGCCCGGCGGCGGCGGCGACGACAGUGACAGUGGGGACUCUCCGUGUAGGAGCUGCUUCUGGCCCCGGGCUCUAAUGUCGAGCCGCACGGCAGCUGCCGCUGACUUGGCGGCUUGAAGUUGUGCCGCUGUCCCUGGUCCCCGGCCCCGGCAGCCAUGGCCGUCUCCUCCUGCUCCUCCACCAUCACCAGCUGCUCCUCAUUGUCCGCCGGUCACACAAGCCCCUUGUGCUGUCGGACUCCACUCUCAGCCUUCAUUCUUCUCUUCGUCUUCGCCGGAAACACUGUUCUGGGAGAAAGCUAUGGUGUGGCAAAUACACAAGUUUUGGAUAUCUCAACCGCUUGUGGAGAUAUACCAGAACAGCUGAAGGCACCAAAUGGAAUCAUUACAAGUCCAGGUUGGCCUUUCAACUAUCCGACUAGUAUUAAUUGCAGUUGGUACAUCCAAGGCAACCGGGAGGAAGUAGUCACCAUCAGCUUUCAGGAUUUUGAUGUGCAGACCUCAGCUUGGUGUAGUUCAGACUGGCUAACGAUAGGAACUCGUAAAAGCAUUGAAGGAACUCGAGUGUGUGGUUCUUCUAUUCCAGCACCGUUUAUUUCUUCAAAAGGCCAUGUCUGGAUUGAGUUCCAUUCUGAUGACAGGUAUACUGGAAAAGGCUUUAGGCUGUCUUAUGUCAUAGGCAGGUUGGUGGAGGCAAGCUGUGACUGGGACCACUUCCAUUGUAACAAUGGAAAAUGUAUCCUAGAUAUUUGGAAGUGCAACACGAUGGAUGAGUGUGGAGACAAUUCUGAUGAAGAAUUUUGCGAGCAGUUGCUGCCCCUGACUGAUUUUCCACUUAAGCCUUGUACCUAUGACCAUUUCCAGUGCCUUUCUCGAUAUACAGCAGCUUAUACAUGUUUACCUGAGUCCUUGAGAUGUGAUGGAAAUAUUGACUGUCUUGAUUUGGAAGAUGAAAUCGAUUGUGAUGCCCCUAAUUGUGGUGAAUGGUUGAGAAACUUUUAUGGUACAUUUAAUUCGCCAAAUUAUCCUGCAUUCUAUCCACCUGGAAGCAAUUGCACAUGGUUAAUAGAUACUGGAGACCGACGCAAAAUCAUUUUGCGCAUCACUGACUUAAAGUUGGAUGGCAUAGGCUAUGGGGAUUAUAUCAAAGUGUAUGAUGGUCUGGAGGAAAAUUCACACAAUUUGCUUCGUGUCUUAACACCUUUUGAUUCCCGGACACCGAUCACAGUCAUCUCUUCUUCUGGCCAAGUGCGGGUACAUUUCCAUGCCGACAAAGUAAAUGCAGCUAGAGGUUUUAAUGCAACCUAUCAAGUUGAAGGAUUUUGUCUUCCAUGGGAGAUCCCUUGCGGAGGCAAUUGGGGCUGCUACUUUGAGCAACAGCGCUGUGAUGGUUAUUGGCACUGUCCGAACGGACGAGAUGAACGCAACUGUAGCUCUUGCCAAAAAGACGAGUUCCCCUGUUCUCGCAGUGGUGUGUGCUACCCUCUGGCUGAUCGUUGUAAUUACCAAAAUCAUUGUCCAAAUGGCUCGGAUGAGAAGAACUGUUUCUUUUGCCAACCUGGUAAUUUUCAUUGCAAGAACAACCGUUGUGUGUUUGAGAGCUGGGUGUGCGAUGCGCAGGAUGACUGUGGCGAUGGCAGUGAUGAAGAAAACUGUCCUGUGAUUGUACCCACCAGAGUUAUAACUGCAGCAGUCAUUGGAAGCCUAAUCUGUGGGCUACUGCUUGUGAUUGCUCUAGGAUGUACCUGCAAAUUGUACUCUCUCAGAAUGUUUGAACGCAGAUCUUUUGAAACCCAUUUGUCAAGAGUUGAAGCAGAACUGCUACGAAGGGAGGCUCCUCCAUCCUACGGUCAAUUGAUUGCACAAGGCUUGAUUCCCCCAGUAGAAGAUUUCCCUGUAUGUUCAUCAAGUCAGGCAUCCAUUUUGGAAAACCUUCGAAUAGCAGUAAGGUCACAACUUGGACUCACCUCCAUUCGAUCUACUUCAUCCAGCAGUCGAUCUAACCUCUGGAGCCGAAUGUUUAGCUUCACCAGAUCCAGGAAUUCGGGAUCUCUCGCUCUUGUCACAACAGAUAGAGAUGAUCCAGCCGGUGAGCAGAAUGUUACAAGGGAAUCGGAAAGGAGCAGUCUAAACCGAAGACUUCUGCCUUUUGAGUCUGACCAUGCAGAAAGAGACAGUGAGCGAAGAGAUAUACCAGGUGCUGUUGGUGGGGUGGUGGCCCCACUACCUCAAAAGGUUGCUCCUACCUCAGUUGUAGAAGUUGUUAUUGGAGCAAGUGGAACUUCAUCUGGCCUCCAAACAAAUAUUGCUACAGAAGUAGCUACCUCACAGUUAGAAACCUCAGAGCAGCCCACCAUUAGUCCAGCAAGACAGCAGUUGGCCAGUACAUUGAGCAGAGUGACUCAGAGUUUACGAUGGAUGCGGUUUUCAAUUGGGAGAUCUACUUCAUCAAGCCAGAACCAGAGUCCCUUGCGACAGCUUGAUACUAGAGUGAAUGGAAGAGGAGAUGAUGAUGAUGUUGAUGAUGAUGAUGACAAUGAUGUUGAAUUAUUAAUUCCCCUUUCAGAUGCUGUAUCAGACAUUGAUACAAGGGGUAGUUGCAGACCAGUCGGUGCGCCAAGCCCCAGAAGGGUUCAAAGAAUCAGGCAACACUGUGCUUUAUUGCCUCAGAGAGAACAGUCUGGUAGUAGGGACGGGCCUUGUGAGCACUGUGGAAUUGUACAUACGGCCCAGAUACCGGACGCGUGUCUGGAAGCAGUACUGAUAAAUGAAGCCAGUGACGAUGAAUCCUUGCUUGUUUGCUAGCUGUGCAAUACAUGACUAACUUUAUUUAUGCUCUUGGCGGUACAGUGCAUCUUGUGACUUGAAACUUGAAAAAGAAACCAAAUUUGUGUGACUGUCACAUACAAUAUUUAUUGCAGUUUACUUUGGUUUAUGGGAGUCAAUGCAUGGUAACAUGUUUCCUUCAAUUUUUUGAUUUUUAUUAUGCAUUCAGGAUACGUAUUAAAUUUAUUUUAAUGUGUAGAUUAAGAGUAAAUUAUAACAUGUUUCUGUAUUAACACUUUUCCUAGCUAUUUCUAAAAUUGCCUAUUUAUUUAUUUCUUUUUCAUAAAUUGCAUGUUUAUUAUUUCUAACAAGUAGGCUGUUGGGUGCCCUGGAAAAUGAAAAGUAAUGUAAACAAAUAAAAAAUCCAAUUUUACAGUAA